AUGCUGUCACACCUGCGAUUCCACCGACGAGCCCCGUCCAACCCCUCCGAGCCCACCCCCGACCAGAUUGCGACAUGGGAAGCCGCUGCUGGCCACCACCAUGACGCUGACAACAACACCCUACAGCCGCUUGCGCGAGUCUCCUCGGCCGACCCCGACCUCGGUCGCACACCUGUCAACAACAGCACCCAGUCGCCUCCCGCUCGCUCAGCCUUCGAUGGAAACAGCACCGGAUUCUUGGGAGGAGUAGCCCUGCAUCAGCUUAGGAGGACCAUGCAGGAGUCGACGGCACCGGAUAAUGCUCAGUCGUCUUUGGCUACCUCGCUGCCGGAAAAACGAUUCUCGAGAACAAAGGCCCCGCCGCCGCCCAUCAACACCGGUCUUGCUGCCCGGCCAGCUCUGACAGCCGUCAAACCGUCCAAGUCUUCCAAAUCGUCAUCCUUCUUUGCUCCGACAGAUCUUCAGCUGGGAUCAGGAGGAUCCUCUGCUCGGCCGUCCGGGGCCCGCGGGUCUAGUGACACCGCUCUUACACAGCCGUCGGGAGCGCCUUCGGAACCUGCUCCCAAGGGGAGGAAGAGUCUACCAUUUUUGCGAAAUUCCAUGUCAUCAUUAUUGCUGAGGAGAAAAACAAGCAAUCAGCCACCAGAGUCACAAGCGGUGGUGAAGACGCCAACACCAGACGUGAGCAUCAGGGGCACCAGAAUCCACGAUUUCAGCGCCCCACGCCCGAAAAGAGUAACCCCUAGUACCGAAGGUGCUUUAAGUGCUUCGACCACAGCUUCACAGGUAGAAACGCCCGCGAUUGCGGACACGCCGGGUGCGCGGACAGAUCCUGGUGAUGUCGGUCACCGCCUUCAAGAGGAGGUCAUCCCAGAAAGCACGCGCAGUGCUGAUGGGGGCUGGACGCUCCCUCCAGCUUCUGAAGAAGCAGUGCCACCCGUACCUCCCAAAGAUGAGCCUGCCAUGUCCACCCGGACUUCGUCGUCGGCCACCUCGGCGGCCACUACCAUCGGUGCUGGUGCUCCAUUGGACUCGAAAGCAUCGGUCAGGACCACCGCCUCACGCUCGUUUUCCAUCUCCAAGCUCUCCAUGAAGAGCUCGGUGCGGUCUGCCAUUCCAAAACACAUGAAGAGCACCUCGUCGAGGUUCAGUUUUGACAUGAUUGGAGCUGCCAAACAGGAAAAGCUUUUGGAAGAGCGCCAUCGUAUGCGUGAACAGGAGAAGAAGCCCGCUGACGAUAUAGGACUGGGCCAGCGCGACUCGCGAUUCGAUGACUUUGACGAGGAUUUUGACUAUGACGCCAUGAUGGACGAUGACGGGUUCGAAGAGGACAUACCGUGUGUGAGUAUGGAUUAUGACAUUGAAGAAGAAGAAGAAGAAGAGGACCCCGAAGCCGCUGGCGAUCCGGACAAUGACCAGGAGAACUUUGCCGGAUUUGUCUUUCAGCGCUCGAACCCAGCCUCGGCGGUGGCCAGCCCUCAUAGCCCGGCAGGGAUGCAGCUGCCGACUCCACGAGAUGGCAAUGGGACAGUUAUUGGCUACGCCAUGACCAAGGACACGACACCAGGUCUGCUGACGCCCGCCUUUCCGGACCCUUCGACCUUGCCAAAGUUGGAGGAGGCCAUGGACGGGUUGAGCAUUCAGCCAGGGGAUGAGCCUGGAGGUGCGACGUUGGAACAGCCUACUCAUCGGCCCACCAGCCUGUCGGUUGUUGAGUCCGCCCCUGAGGCUGUCCCGGAACCUGCGCUCGAAUCUGUGCCGGAGUCUCAACCCGAACCUGUGCCCGAAGCCGAAAUCGCUCCGAACCCAGCACCGGAGAGGAGGAGGCUUGACGAUGACAUUUACUUUGACGACGGGCUGGCUGAUGAGCUGGAUUUUACCGGUGAUGGAUUUGUCAUUGACGAGUCCAUCUUUGACAAUAACGAUACAGACAAAUACGGGCGUCCAAUACCUGGUGCCUUUGCGCAAGCCCAGGAAGCCAUGCGUGCUGCGCAGCUUGGGGCUUCCAACCGCACCUCUGACACGACAUCGGAUCCGUCAGGGGCUUUAGGGGCUGCGGCGUCCACUGGCCACACCUCCAUCAGCGCCGCGGCUCAGCAGCCGGUCGUUGAGUCCGAACACAAGGUAGCUGCGGAACCAUUACCCGCAUUCCAACUGGCUCCUCAGCCACCAGAAAUGUCGCCUUUCCCGGGCCAAGACUUGGCAUACCAAGCUGCCCUCGCCGAAGCCGCUCAGAAGGCUGCGGCCUCGGGGAAAUUCCGUCGCAACUCGUCACCAACACCCGAAGCUGAGCUCACCGUAACAUCUCCAACUGACUCGGCCGAGUCAGCCAACAACCUCGACGCAAUCCUGGACGACUACGAAAAAGAGGUCAGCUUUGAUGACUACGAGAAGGACUAUGACGACUAUGGCGGCGGCUACCAAGACGACUACGACUUUGACGAUGAUGCCAUCAUUGCCGAAGCCAAUGCUGAGGCGCUCGCCAACGACUCGGACGGGUGGUAUGGCCAAGAGUUUGGCUUUUACUCUGCCCCCAUGCCGCAAGGGGGCUACGGGCAUCACAACAACAGCAGCAGCGGCAACAACUCCAACGGCCAGCAGGCCGACCUCAGUGCCGAGAAUUUGUUUUCUUAUGCCAACGGCGGGUAUUUUGGCCCGGCUGGGGGGUUAGGCCGCAGCAAGAGCGGGCGCAUCGUCUGCCGAGAACCAAACUUGACGCCCAUCACGGAGCGGUCAGAGUACUCGAACCGUAACUCGAUCAUGUCCCUGACGCUCCCCCCCGCGAUAGGGAGCGACACGGGAAGAAACUCACUCACGAUCAACAGUCCGGGUCUGGCGCAGCUGGCGCUGCUGGGGGACGACGAGAAUUCGCUGAGUGUGGCUGCUUACAUGAAGGCGAGAAACCGGGCGUUUGGUGCCGGCGGCGGGGGCUCACAAGUCAGCUCGAGGGAGGGGAGUCCAAAGUCGGAGAGGGGACCGUCGGAGUCACCGUUCGGUGGGCACCUGCACGCCGGAUCGAUAGGUCACGGUAGGAAGGGGAGUGCCUUUUCGGUUUGGAGUAGUUCUGAUGUUGGGGAGGGGGGAGGGGAGGGGACGGCGAGUCCGGCGCCACAGAUGGCUGCUUUUACUGCAGGUGGUUUUGGGAACAAUAACCAGGGGGCUAAUGGGAUCAAUGGGGCGGUGGUGUCGCCUUUGCCGCAGCGGCCGCCGGGGAUUGGAGGUAUGGAUGUCAAUCAGAUGGGUAUGAUGGGGAUGCCGGUGGGGAUGGGCAUGGGCAUGGGCAUGGGCAUAGGCAUGGGCAUGUUUGCCCCGCCGCCGGGGGUGCAGUUGCCGGUCUUGGUGCCUAGUCCGGGUAUUGCCGCCGGGAGCGGGAGCGCGUUUGCUUGCUCGCCCGUGCUGGAGGAUGGGGAGGAGGAGGAGGAGGAGCAGGUUGAGAUCACUUCUUCAAGGGCGAGACACUGGACGGCUCGCUAG